AUGAACCGGCAAACCUACAGCAUGCGAGUGGGAGGUGGAGGCAGAUCUUACAGCACUGCCUCAGCUAUUAUUCCAAGCAGCAACAGGGCUGCCUUUAGUUCGAUGUCUGUGGCACGAGCUGGAGGAGGUGGAGGUGGUUUUGGAAGGCUCAUUGGAGGAGGUGGUGGCAGUGGUGCUGGUUUUGGCAGCAGGAGCCUCUACAACCUUGGUGGUAGCAAGAGGAUAUCCAUUGGUGUUGGAAGCAGCUUCCGUGCUGCUUUUGGGAGUGGAGCUGGUGGUGGCUCUGGCCUGGGAGGUGGUGGUAGUGGCAGCAGCUGUGGACUUGGUGGUGGUGGAGCUGGUGGUGGUCUUGGACUUGGUGUUGGUGGUGGAUAUGGCUUUGGUGGAGGUGCUGGUGGGCUAGGCUUUGGUGGUGGACUGGGAGGUGGUGGAGGGUUUGGCUUUGGUGGAGUAGGGGGACUGGGAGGAUUCAGUGGAGGGUUGGGUAGUGGCAGGAACCCAAUGGGGUUUGGUGGUAGCCCACCUGGAGCUGGUACAAUCCAAGAAGUGACUGUCAACCAGAGUCUCCUGGCACCGCUGAACCUGGAGAUAGAUCCAAACAUUCACCAGGUGCGAAAAGAUGAGAAGGAGCAAAUCAAGACCCUCAACAACAAGUUUGCAUCUUUCAUUGACAAGGUUCGCUUCCUGGAGCAGCAGAACAAGGUGCUUGAGACCAAAUGGACCCUCCUGCAGGACCAGGGCCAAAAAAACAACUCAGGCAAAAACAACCUGGACCCCCUCUUUGAGGCUUACAUCAACAACUUGAAACGGCAGCUGGCCAACCUGCUCAAUGAGAGAGGACGCAUGGAUGGGGAGCUGAAGAACAUGCAAGACCUUGUGGAGGAUUUCAAGAACAAAUAUGAAGAGGAGAUCAAUCGACGCACAGCGGCCGAGAAUGAAUUUGUGGUGCUGAAGAAGGAUGUGGAUGCUGCUUACAUGAAUAAGGUGGAGCUGGAGGCCAAGGUGGAUGCCCUGACCGAUGAACUCAGCUUCCUCCGAGCCCUCUACGAUGCGGAGCUGGCUCAGCUCAGUGCACAAGUGUCUGACACUGCUGUCAUUCUGUCCAUGGACAACAACCGGGAGCUGGACCUCAGCAGCAUCAUCUCUGAAGUCAAAGCUCAGUACGAGGACAUCGCCAACAGGAGCCGGGCCGAGGCAGAGGCUUGGUACCAAACCAAGUUUGAGGAGCUGCAGGCCACGGCUGGGAAGCACGGGGACGACCUGCGCAACACGAAGGGGGAAAUCUCUGAGCUCAACCGGCUGAUCCAGAGGAUUCGGUCAGAGAUAGAGAACACCAGGAACCAGUGUGCCACCCUGCAGACAGCCAUCGGAGACUCGGAGGAGCGUGGGGAGCUGGCUCUCAAAGAUGCCAAGGCAAAGAUGAUUGACCUGGAAGAUGCUCUGCAGAAAGCCAAAGCUGACAUGGCCCGGCAGCUCCGUGAGUACCAGGAGCUGAUGAAUGUCAAGCUGGCCCUGGACAUUGAGAUUGCAACAUACAGGAAGCUGCUGGAGGGAGAGGAGAGCAGGCUGAGUGGAGAGGGAUUGACCCCCAUCAGCUACUCUGUCAUCAGCUCCAGCUCUGGCAUGGCUGGUGGAGCUGGGUUAGGAGGAGGAUUUGGCGGACUGAGCCUAAGCGCUGGUGGUGGAUACGGCUUUGGUGGAGGAGCUGGCUUUGGUCUUGGCUAUGGUGGUGGAGCAGGCGCUGGCUUUGGCUUAGGAGGAGCUGGUGGUGGUGGUGGCUAUGGGCUGGGCAGUGGAUUUGGGCUGGGAGGACCUGGAUUUGGUGGUCGAGGUGGCCCUGGGUUCCCUGUUUGCCCACCUGGUGGCAUCCAAGAAGUGACAGUCAACCAGAGCCUCCUGGCACCGCUCAAGCUGGACAUCGACCCGGAAAUCCAGAAGGUGCGAACACAGGAGCGGGAGCAGAUCAAGACCCUCAACAACAAAUUUGCCUCUUUCAUCGACAAGGUGCGCUUUUUGGAGCAGCAAAACAAAGUGCUGGAGACCAAGUGGAGCCUCCUCCAAGAGCAGGGUCACACAGUCACCAGGAAGUCCCUUGAGCCCCUUUUUGAAUCCUACAUCAACAACCUCAGACGGCAGCUAGACAGUCUUUUGGGAGAGAGGGGAAGAUUGGACACUGAACUGAGGAACAUGCAGGACAUGGUGGAAGACUUUAAGAACAAAUACGAAGAUGAGAUCAACCGGCGCACUGGUGCAGAGAAUGAGUUUGUGGUCCUGAAGAAGGAUGUGGAUGGUGCUUACAUGAACAAGGUGGAGCUGCAGGCCAAAGCAGAUGGUCUGGCAGAUGAGAUUAACUUCCUGCGAGCUCUCUACGAAGCGGAAUUAUCCCAGAUGCAGCAGCAAGUAUCAGACACCUCCGUGGUCCUGUCCAUGGACAACAACCGUAACUUGGACCUCAACAGCAUCAUCGCGGAGGUGAAGGCGCAGUACGAGGACAUCGCCAACCGGAGCCGGGCGGAGGCUGAGGCUUGGUACCAGAACAAGUACGAGGAGCUGCAGGUCUCGGCCGGGCGGCACGGCGACGACCUGCGCAACACCAAGAUGGAAAUUUCAGAGAUCAACAGGAUUGUCCAGAGGCUGCGGAACGAGAUCGAGAGUGUGAAGAAACAGUGUGCCAACCUCCAAGCAGCCAUCGCCGAGGCGGAGGAGCGCGGGGAGCUGGCCCUCAAGGAUGCCAAGGCCAAACUGUCUGAGCUGGAGGAUGCUCUGCAGAAAGCCAAGGCUGACCUGGCCCGGCAGCUCCGUGAGUACCAGGAGCUGAUGAACGUCAAGCUGGCCCUGGACAUCGAGAUCGCGACCUACAGGAAGCUGCUGGAGGGCGAGGAGAGCAGGCUUGCCGGAGAGGGAGUCGGAGCCGUGAGCGUCUCCGUGGUCAGCAGCUCCAGCGGGCUCCGGCAGCAGCCGAGGUGUCAGCUCCAGCACAGGCGGCGGCAGCGUGAGGAUCGUUUCCAAGACCACCACUAG